CUACUAUGUUGGAUCAUGACUGGGCCUAAGAACCUGGAGUCCAGAACCAAACACAUCCAGGCCACCUGGGGCAAACGAUGCAACAAAAUCCUCUACAUGAGCUCAGUGGAGACAGAAUUCCCCACAGUGGGGCUCAACGUAACUGAGGGACGAGACCAGCUCUACUGGAAGACCAUCAGAGCCUUCCAGUACAUCUACCAACACCACCGCAACGACUACGACUGGGUCCUCAAAGCCGAUGAUGACACGUUCGUGGUCGUCGAGAACCUCCGACACAUAUUGUCUAAACAGGACCCGUAUAAGCCUGUAUACUUUGGGCGAAGGUUCCGCCCGUUCGUCCAGCAGGGUUACAUGAGUGGUGGAGCCGGCUAUGUCCUCAGUAAAGAAGCCGUCAGAAGGUUCAUCAAGGGAUUCGACACGGGGAAAUGUUCCCACUUCUCCACCAUAGAAGACAUGGCUCUGGGGAAGUGUAUGGAGAUGAUGGGUGUGGAGCCGGGGGACUCCAGAGAUGUGAAGGGAAGGCAGACGUUUCAUCCCUACCCACCAGACAUGUACUUGAUCAAAGAGCCACCCAGAAAACUGCCCUCGCAUCUCUUAUACGACCACUACAAACCAAGAGAGGGCCCAGAAUGUUGUUCAGAUCACAUCAUAUCAUUUCACUACAUCUACCCUGUAGAGAUGUACACGCUGGAAUACUUCACCUAUCAUCUACGGCCCUAUGGAUACAAGUACAGGUACAACCCUGAUGCUGCAGCAGCUGAAAUUGAGAGUAACACCACCACACCUGUCUCUGCUUAACACAGAGACAUCACAGACGGACUACUGCACUGAAGAAAGCACUUAUUACAGUG